AUGUCAACCACAAAGACAAUCGCUUUUUUUGGUGCCACGAUUGGCUGCGGACUUGCAACAUUGAACAACGCCCUUGGUGCUAAUACCCGUUGCAUCGCCCUCUGCCGCACACCGAGCAAGCUCGAAGGGCUCUUUUCCGAGGACAAAACAUCCCGUCUGACGAUAAUCGAAGGGAAUGUGCACGACGUCGAGGCGGUGAAAAAAUGUCUGACAGUCGAUGGCACUCACCUAGUCGAUACAAUUGUCUUCUCCAUCGGCAGCCGAGCGAUAAACUACAAGCUUGAGCUAGAUGAUCCAAGCAUUUGCAGGAGGGCUAUUGCUACGGUGUUGGAGGCCCUUGAUCAGCUACGACAACAAGGCCUGACUGGCCGUCCCAGACUCAUCGCCCUUAGCACUACCGGAAUAUCUCAGUUUGGCUCUGAUACCCCUUACAUUGUGGGGUUCCUGUAUUAUUAUCUUCUUCAUUCGCCCCAUGAAGAUAAAAAGGCAAUGGAGCAAUACAUUGUAGCCAGUGAUGAGGACUUUACCAUUGUGCGGUCGUCUUGGAUGCUGGAUGGCGCAACAAACAAGGCGGUCCGAGUCGGCGUGGAAGAUCCUAAGCAUGGUCGUGAAUCCGACGCCAUUGGAUAUUCGAUCACACGCGAAGAUGUCGGAAAGUGGAUCUUUGAGAACCUCGUCCAGAAUGACAAUGGCCAGUAUGUUAAGAAGAUUGCUACAAUAACACACUAG